AUAAUCGUCGACGGGAUACCUGCUCAGCCGGGCGUCCAGAUUGCACAGUGCACCUACAUCUGAUGAGGAGGAUGGCGACUCUAAACCACUUGUGUUCGGUCCAUUUCGCCCCACUGCUUCUGUUUCUCCUGACAGCAGCUCUAGUCCCGGUUCAGGCCUCUGCUGAUCGGACAAAGACGGUGGAGUUUAACGUCAAACCUGGAGGAGUGGUUCACACCUUCACUGAUGGGAUAGUAAGUUUUAAUAUCGUCCUUUGUUCAAUGAACCGGGUAUCGUUGUUUAGCCUUAGUUGGACCUGGUUAACGCCUUCACCUUAUGUUAUCUACAGUAAAAGCAAGUUUAAGCAAGCAGACUGUACUCGAUAGAGUUGAUUUGGAUUUCCUCCAUUGUUAUAAAGAAAGGUAGCCGACAUGAUUUCUUUAAAGCAAAAGCUAGUAGAGGUCUGUUCGUUUGUUUCAGUUUAGUAUGCCCUUUUUAAAAUGCAUGUCAUAGUCCACAUACCAGAGGAAUAAAUGGACAAAAGUGGAAAAACUACAUUCCUCUGCUCAGCUGUAGUCGCAGCGUGAUGACGACACAGCCCGUAAGAGGCUGACACGUCGAUGCCAGAGCGCCACAAAGACUCCGUUCAUUGGCUGACGUUUUUUUAAAGCUUCAGAUUGAAAGCACAUAGUAAUAACUAAUAAUUUCAUUAAAUUACCUAUUUCAAAUGGAUUUACCGUCGUUUUUGUCGGUGUGGUUCAUUCUGUUUGAAUUCCUUAUUAAAAUAUAACUUAAACAUCCAAAUGGCUUGACGAAAAUAACAAAUGUGCAUUACAUCAGGCAUUCAAACCGGACACCAUAGCGGAAACAGCCAUUAAUAUUAAGGCUAAGAAUGACUCUGGCACUUGACUUGAAACCAGUUUCAUGCAAGUUUCAGCUUUUCUGUCUUUAGAUACUGAAAAACUAAACUGUCAUGGGUUUCUCAAGCCUGUUAUCGUUGUUGUUGUUGUUGUUGUUGUUAUUUGUAGUAUUAGUAAUUGCUGUUUUAGUAUUUUCUUAACUAAACCAGUGGUUCUCAGCUGGGCUCACUCUGGGAUCCACAUUUUCCCAUGGUCCUUAACUCACGACCCACUUUUAUAAAAUUCAUGCCAAGCAAAAAAACCUUAGACUAUAAAAGACUAUAAUCUUGAACAUAACUACACCUAUUUUAUUGAGUAAAGUGCAUUUCAGAGCACAUGAACUGAGGAUGACAACUACUUAAGUUGCAUAUAUACAGAAAAUAUCAAAUUGCAAACAAAUAAAAAAAACAUGUAUUGUACUGCAUACAGGCCACAUAUAUAAGAAACCUAGGAGGACCACAACAGAACACAUGCCUUUCAAAAUAAGCUAUUUUUCAAAACAAAAGACAUGUCAAACAUCAGAUGCGCAUUAAAUAUUUACUUUUUAUGACCAGCUGUUCACGACCCAUCCAGAAUAUGUCCACAACCCGCUUUUGGGUCGGGACCCACCAGUUGAGAACCACUGAUCUAAACUCGAUAAUUCUUUAAAAACUGUACAGAAAAUUUAACUGGUUAAAGUGAGUAAGAACCAAGCAUAGAAGCCAAACAUGGUCACAGUUCAGCUUUUUUCUAUACAUGUACAUUUCUGAACAGAGUUUCUUAUUUAAUCAUGAUCCAAGACAGAGCAAACGCAAGCCAAAUGGAAAGUUUGCCAUGUUGUAGGUUUGCUGAUGAUUAUUUAUUCAAGAAAACAGUCUAAUAGUAACACACACUCUCAUUACCGCAAAGCCAUUGUAAAGAAAUGCCUGCUAUACUUAUUAUGUAUUAUGAUUACAUUAAAAGAAAUUUUAAUUAAAAGCAUGAAAUAAUGGAUCAAUAAUGACCAGGAUGGACAGAUUAAACUUUGCACUAAGUGGCACUUUGUUACUCUAUUAUUUCAGAGGGAGUAUGAAUGCUCAUUCACUUAUGCCUCACAAGGGGGAACUAAUGAGGUGAGUCUCUCUUUCUCUCUCUCUCUCUCUCUCUCUCCAUCGCUCUCUCUCUCUCCCAGUCUCAUAUUAUUUAUUUCAAACUACAGCAGUUUUUUGCAUAAAUUUUCAUCUGUUUUCUUGCCAAACAGCAAUGGCUAAUGAGUGUGGGUCUGAGUGAUGAUGACAGACUGUUUUCCUGCACUGUGUGGAGGUGAGACCCACACAGAAGAAAACACACACAAACACACACACACAUACAGAGUGAGGAUGAAGAUACUAAUCUUGCUGUGGCAUCAGUCCUUUUCAGCUCAGUGACCCCGAUGGUCAGUGUGUCUUUAGUGAGAAUCCAUCCUGUCUGUUUUUUCCCACUGAGUCACUUUGAUUUUAGUUAAUCGUGACAGUCCCGGAGGAGAGCAGGAGAGAAUCAACACAACAGAGCUCAUGGUUUAAAUGUAUUCUUGUCCAACAUCGACUUAAUAAGUGAAUGAAUGAAUACAAAUGAAUUGACGUCGCUAACACUUAUUUUUUUUUUGUCUUCUCUUCUAGGCCCCAGGGGAAGUCGUACCUGUUUUUCACUCAGUUCAAAGCCGAACUGAAAGGAACCAAAAUUGAAUAUGCCAACGCAUAUGUAAGUAGAAAAGAAACACUAUUCCCUUAACUGUGAGAUGCAAAUGUUGCCUGCCCACACAUGUCUUUUUUUAUGUUUUCAACUAAUCCUUGUACUCAGUAGGGGAUACUUAGCCUGGAUAAUUAGUGACUUUCUUCUUUAUUAGACCAAUAAAAUUGAUAAUUUUCAUUUUUAUCUCAUCUUCUUUGCUCCUUUUGAGUAAUAAAUUGGAGUGUAGUUUAUACUGGACAGCAAGGAGUCCUUUUAGACUUCACAGCUUAACAGAGACAAGCUGUUAUAAAGUUUCUCUGCAUGUUGUCUCACAGUUUAAAACACUCUGUCUGUGUUGAGACCCUGCUCCUGCUUUCUGAGCCCAGGAUAAUAUCUUAGCUUAAGAUUUACAACAUGUGCCCAAAUCAAGAGGAAAAGCACACUUGAUAAACAUCUUUGUGUGGCCUGCAAAUAAUAAAACAGCCACCUACACACUAACAAAUUCGGCAGCAUAUAAAUCAGGCUCAGGGGGGAGAUUAAGGUGUUUUUAUCCUGUCUUGUGUUAUCUUAAAUUUGCCUUUUGGUUGUUUGCUGUCAGAUAAAAUCAGCACUUAAGCUUUUCUCCUCUGGGUUAAGAGUAGUGAAAAAUAACAUGAUAACACAGCUGAUUUUGACACAGAGGUCGCUUAAUCCUGGAUAUUCAUCUGUGUGUUAAACACCACACACUUAUCAUUGAAGGUGGGAUUUGGAUAAGUCUUGAGUUUUAUUAAUGAGCAGGAUUAAGCACCAACUCAGUGAAGCAUCCUAAUUGUGACUUAUCAUACCCAGAGGUUUGGAGAUCUGGAAGAUUCAAUCCAGCCGCAAAUAUUUUAAUAUGUAAUUUAGUCAAAACUCUUCAAUUACUUCAAAUAUCUUUCCCCUUGUUAAAUCUCAAAAACAUCUGAAGUUUCCUCUACAGUUUCCCAGUGCCUGUCAGUAGAUUUUAUAGUCGCUGUUUUUGUUUGAGUUAUAGUAUAAAACCCAAAGCUUUCCACAUGGACUGUGAAAAAAGCAGAGAAAAGUGUGAAACCCUUGAAUCUGAGAAGCUGGCAUCAGAGAUUGACUUGCAGUUUUUUUCUCUUUCACCUUGAACCCUCAGCACUGCAUGCUAUUCCACCACACUAAAUGUCCAUGAAGCUCUAUCCUUUUAAAAUAAUUCAUGAGAGAUUUUCUCCUCUGGCCUGUGUUAGCUUGGUGCCAUUAAAGGGUUGCUAAGCACGAUUCAGUAUAUCUGACAUUAGUGCAGAGUGUGCCUGACCAUACAGUCUAAAUAGAACUGAAUCAAAUAGUCACCUGCACUUUGGACCCGUCUUUUGCUGUGCUGCACUUCUCCUUCUGCUAACAUUCAUGUCUCCAUGGUAACCCAUCAUGUGCCCUACAUGUUUCUGUACAUUUUUAGAUCUUUUAUCCUCUACUGAAGGUUUGAGCUCCAUCCCAGCUGGUAGUAACUCUGAAAAACUAGCACAGGAAGCAGACAACCAGAGGAACACAAACUCUUUAUUUCUCCUGGAAGUCAAACCCAGAACACGGUGCCUUUGCUCUUAAUGUUUCACUGAAGGUUAAUGCCCGGAGUCUCUCUGAGUUCAGUCACUUAGCCGAGGUCUGCUGUGUCUGAUGUGGUCGUCUGUGAAGUGAAGCACACCUUGACACGCCUCCUUCCCCCAGCAAGGACAGUCCUGACACUGUCAUUAGAGCGAGCACAUGUUUCCUCCUCUCCUGCUCAGGCUGCGUGCCCUGCAAGUAGAAGAUGCACACACAGAAAAAAACUUCACUAAAUGAUUCGACAAAAAUAACCUCUCUUUCUCUCUCUCUCACACACACACAUGCACACUCACACAAACAAGCACACCUGCAACCCCCGCGCUGCGUUUCCUUGACCUUGGCAUCACAUCCUCCUACUUUCCCGUCCAAUCUGUUGCGAAAAAAUUGCUGUCUCUUGUGCCGCCUCUCAUUCUGUUUUGUUUAUUUUUUCCUUUUCUCCUCCUCUCCUUUCCUCCCUCUCGUCUUUAUUACUGUUGUCUUCAGUCGCAGACAGCAGCAGGCGGACAAGGUGAUGUGCCUUUGAAGCCGGAGGAAUUUACCGUAGGAGACUCAACAGGUGAGAAAUUUAUUGUAUUUCCAUGAGUUUAAUCCACUCCCUCUGCUGUCAUGUCAGUCUCCUGCUCCCUCUCUUCCUUCCUACCCCCUCCCUUCCUCUCUACCUCUUUUAUCAAAUUGUGAGUUCCCUGUUGAUUUCCCCCUUAAGCACAUGCUCCAGCUGUGAGUGGGCUGCCAUUUGUCCCUGUAGCAUUGUUUGCUUGGUUUUCAGUUUUCUGCACAAAUACCCACUGAGGCUUCAGUUCCGGACUGUGAUUAGUAGGAUUUGACAAGUCACACAGCAAUUUACUGUAGCAGCAGAUUAGACGCCACAGAACAGAGGCUUAUUGACUUAAAAACCUGCAACUAUCACAGACUUAACGGUAAUCCCCUCUCUGUCAGACCUCAUGAGAACACUUCCUGUUUGAAUUUUUAGGGAUAGUCUCCUUACCUCAGAGACAACCUCAGCGACAAACUGAAAUGUUCACACUAAGUACGGUGCAGAGUCUCCGAAAGCGAGGACUCUUCAGAUUCUGUCUUAUCAUUUGCACACAAACUGACCAUGAACUGUAUUAAACAAAUUGACGUGGUCUGUGUGACAUCACCUCUUGGUUCUUUUUAAGCCCAAAGAUAAUGGAAGAUGCUGACUCAAACCAAUAUUUGAUCAAGGAGCCUGAGUUUGGCUUCCAGCCUCCUGGCAAACAGCUACAGCACACAACCUCUUGUAUGCAAACUGAGUCACGCCCCUUAUUAUGGAAAUUUAUGUCUUACUCUAAGUUGUACCUCGACUCAACAGAAAAAAUCCCCCCCUCACAGUGUUGGCUACAUACCCCAAGUAUUUUAUUAACUUGUUUGAUAAUGCUGGAUGGAAGGGCAUUUUAACCUGAUGGGAUUUCUUCUGGUGCCAUCCUCAAGUGGACACUCUAGGAACUGCAUUUUCUCUGCACUUCUACAUUGGCUGGAUUUCAACAGCAGAGACCGCCUCUUAAAUCCAACAUGCUCUACUUAUUGGAAGGAAGUGUAAUUGCAGUGUAAAUCCUGCAAACACCGGUAGAUGUUGCCCCUUUCUGGGCAAACUUAUCUGCUGUUAUCACAGUUUCUUAAUAUAUGCCACCUUCAGGCGAUGGGAGUCACAUCAGCAGUCUGUAAUUACUGCUCAUAGCUUUGUUUGUGGGUUUGGGGCUUUUCCAAAAAUGAUUUAGAAACAAGCUUCAGGCUAUCUUAAUCUUUGGGUGAUGACAGGCAAAUAAGAACACCUUUUCUUGACUCAGGAAACAUCUCGAAAAUGUCAUAUGUUUGUGCUUUAGAAAUUAGCUCUAAUAGGACUUAGCUGUUUGCUUAUCAGAGUUGGUUGUCAACAGUUUUUUUUCACAUUUAAAAAGAUUUAUGGGAAUGACUUCUUGAGCUGCUUUAGUUUUUUUUUCUUUUAGUUGCACUGCUGCAAAGUGCCACUGAGAACACAUUUGCAUUUAGCUGAUCAAGAUAUUUUCCUUUUUUUGGACCGAUGUUUUCAAAAUUUACAUUUUCCGUUUCUACUUUAUUCAGAAAAUAAUCAUGGACAACACCCCCUCUCUUGGAGAUAAGUAAAUGGCAGAAUAAAACUCAUAUUUUGAGAGAGAGUGUGUAAACAAAGUUAGCAAAUUGUCCCCCUUUUCCGAUUCAUUCAUGAGCAAGAGCUUUCAGGUACAUUAACAUCAGAAUAGUGAGCUGAAGUGAUGCUUUUACUGUGCGACCGGUAAUUGAUUCAGAUCCCACCGCUAAAUUCCAGUGACAGUCAGCAUAUUUAUGUGCAUAAACAAGAACAAGUGCAUUGGAAUUGAGUUAGAACAAGUGCAUUUGAAUAUUUGAACAAUGUCUGAGCACAGUGUUAAAAUAUUCAGCGGACAUUUUCAUGAGGAGCAGGACAUGUACCCAUUUCGGCAGAAAAUAUGCCCUUAUAAACAAAAGUGACAUCAUUUUGAUGGGUUUAACUUUUAAAAUAAAGAAAAACAAGCAGUAAGAGUUUAAAAAAAAUGAGUCAGAGUUAUGACACUAACUAGAUGCAGAUGGCACCAGUCGUGUUGAUGGUGCGUACCUCAUCUGGAGUUUGUGUACAUUUACAGAUCCAAACAGCUGAUGUGUUCGUUUUUUUUUUCCAGUUAGUUCUGGUUGGACUGGACCUGCAGGUCUCAGGGUGUCUACUCUGCAGUUAGUUGGCACUGUCUGGUUUCACAUUAUUAGCACCAGCGAUGACCCUUGUUUCUGUCUCAACAUUUUCACUCUCUCUCCUCCCUCACCUCCAGUGACCCAUACGGAAGGAAAGUUCAAUGCUCAACUCUCCAAGCUGACUGCCAUUGGAAAAACACAACACGAUGAGCUGUAACUCGUCUGACACCUGACUUUUCUGUGGUCAUAUUUUAACCAUCCAGAACACGUUGAUGAGCUCUGGGAGGAGCUUCUGGGUUUCAUCUUUCAAGUGAAUAAAAGAUGAACUUAGGAGGGUUUCAUCUGAGUGACUACCACAAACUGAAGUUGGAUGAUUGUGCUGUUGCUUGUGCUGCACUUUGUGUGUCAGUACAUAAAUUACCUGCAACGUUUUAAUGAUGGAUUUAUAUGUGAAAAUGCAAUGUGAUAAAAUAUACCACAAGAAAUCUGUGGAGCUUUCAGAUUUUUUACAACAUAAUGCCCUAGUUAAAUUCUACCACAAGAUAAAGUGCUUCCAUCUUUGUGUCUUAGUUACUGAAGCUUUAAGAUUUACAGAAAGCAAAUCUGCUCUGAUCCACUGGGGAUGUAUGAGAACGUGUAGACGAUUGAUGUUGUGGGGGGGCUCAUAGAGUAUAGAUAACAUAUUUAGAGUAGGGAGGGAUUUAUCCAUCUUGUGUAAUCCUGAGAGAAAAAUGAGUAAUCCUCGACAGGGUUGUUGCGCACACAAAAACAAUUAUAUUUUCCUCAAUCUCAUUCUGUUCUAGAAAAAUGUACGCACUCAUUAGAUCCAAUAAAUCACAAAUUAGUACCACUUUAAGAACACUCUUCUGCUUUUUUAGGGAGGGGAGACUUAAAAUGGUGCAGAAAGCAGUUUUGCAACAAAACAUUGAAAGAGAGGAAUACAGAAACACUAAAGAUAACACAGUGUUUCUGCAUUUUUAGAUGAGAAUUAAUUGUUAAAACUCAAUGCACACACUUUUUAAAAAAAUACAGCAGUGAUUUUUUAUUUGACAUCUGCAGCAAACAGUGCAGAAAUAGAUACAACUUUUUUUCCUCAUCUGUAACAUGUUUGCUUCCUACUACAAUAACAGUAUGACUAAGAGAAUUAUCAUAUAUAGGGGUGCACAGGCAAUUGAAUUAAAGAGUACACAUAGUGAAGACGUGUUUUCACAUACUCCUGAGCCCUUAUUGAAACUUUUACUUUCAUCCCUCUGUACCGCAUGUGUGGAUCAGCGAGGAUUGUGCAGGUUUCAGAUGUACAGCCCCAUGAUUACAGGUCCCCCUCCUCUCCCUGAUCCCUUAUGCGGCGUGUAGGAUUGCCUUUAUCUUCCUUACAUUGAUCCAACCCUCUAAGAUCCACACAGGAGUCCAGAAGAUGAGUUCUGGGGAUUGAUAUCAGAUUUGAGGAUUUUGCUGAUUUCAUUCUGAGGUGGGAUUACUCACUGAGAUUUGUGCCAUGUUUGGUCCAGGGUUUGGAUCCUCUCAUCUGUCGAGAGAUGUUCUGUAGCUGGAGUUGAGAGAAUGCUCAGAUUGUUUGUUCCUCUUGUCACAGGCAAAGGUCACUCUGGGGUCACAAACAGGAAAUAACCACGUCCGGAUGCUGACCUAGGACAGAAAAACACACAAGCUGUUAACUUUCUUCAAACAUUUCCUUUUUUUUUUUCUAUUUCUUGACUGUCCUGUUUCCUAAUGAAAUGUGAUGGAUGUUUCAAUAAAGACACAUUGUCACCAUGCUGGAGAUAACUCUAUUUUUCUGUCUCGUUAUGUCAGUCAUGAUCUGAUCGAACCUCCCACAGCCUCGCUAAAGGGUAAAUAUGAAAAGAGAGGAGAAAUCUGAGCGCAGGCAGAGGGGUGUUAAAUAUUCUGAACACUGUCACAGCCAGGCCACAGUGAACACGGAGGAGAGUGGUUUUUGUAUGCCCCUGUCAUAUCUGUCCAAAAAAAGCAACCCCAUUGCAAGCUAAUGUAUUCCUAAAUUAAAGUCAGUUUGCAUGCUUUAGAUAAGCUAGUUUUUCAGCAUACAAAUGAGGCUUCAUUUAAAACUUAACAUUCAAAUAAACAUAGUGAAAAAUGUACUCUGUAAGCACAUCAAUUAACAUAUAUUGUCUGUGGAUAAAUGUUUUCCGUGAGAUAAAGAGCUCCCAUUGUUUCUUGUUAAUUUCUAGGGAGAGAGGCUUUGCAGGAAGGAUCUACUAAAUCCAGGAGCACAUAUGGGAAUGUAUAGCACGUUGAUCUUUGGGGGCUUAUAGAGAUAUAGAGGCCCAAGGGAUUUAUUCAUCUUAUGUUAAGCCAACAGUAACUCAGCAAUCAUGAUUGUCCUGAAAUUGGCACUACUUUAGUUUGAAUUCUGGAAAUAUAAGAACUCAACUUUCAUCCUGGGAACUAAAUAUUUAAUCAGUACUUUCAGGUGAAAUCAAAUGAUGGCUCUAACUCUGAAACAUCAGCAAUCUAUGUCCAGAAAAUCUAUUUUGUAGUAGCACCUUCAGCAGAGCUUGCACAAGCUGUGCCAGGAAACUCCCACAGAUUCUCCUACUUGUUCUCAGUGCAUCAUGUGGCAAAGAUGUGACUAUUUCAGACUCAGGUCUCAAGCUUUGCGGCCUUAUAGACAGAAAUUUUACAUUUUGUUCUCAAGCUGGUCGUUCCAUUGAGUAAUAGGUCUCUGUUGCACAAUGGUUAUAUGUUUACGACCAGUUCACUCUUUCUCUGAGACCUAAAAUUGAGUCAGCGCUGCCAUCAAAACUCUGAAUAACAUAUCACAACUAUUUAACAUCUGUUGCCGUUAAAGAUGUUUACUUUCAACUUUCCCCCUACAGUGCCACAAUCAGUAAGAUAUAUAUACACUUGAUGCUGCCAAACGCUGGCGUACAUUAUUAUGGCUUGCUUUUAAAAGCCCCGAUCAAUGAUGUUUUGAGCAAAGCUAGGAAAGAGGCCCCAGAACCUUUGGCUUCAAACUCCUCAUAUUCUGUAACAGAUGUUUACUUAUCCCACUUAUCUUAAGCUUUCCAGCUGAAACCACUUCAGCCAAAAUAUAAUUAAAAUUUCCUUUAGAGAAUAAUUUAGCAUUGGUAAGCUUAAUGUUGCCAGGCUAAUGCUAAGCUAAUGUGGGCCGUUGUGAGCACGGGUCAAUGCCUGUGCUCCCACAGUCUUAUGUUCCCACAGUCCUGUAUUCCCACAUUUGAGAUUGAUCACACAGUGCAUGUUCUGCUGAGAUGAGACCUCCGUGUAAAUAUAUGUGGAAAGAUGUCUAUGGGUGUGAUGUUAUGUGUACAAAAUGGUCAAUGUAUGCAGAUGGAAACAAUUACCCUUGCAAAGGGCGGUAAAAUCUAAAUUAUAAUCUAAUAUAUCCACAGUGUAACUUAUACCCCCUAAGUAUCCAGACAUAUUGUUAUUGUCACUGAGUAAUAUGGGACGAUAGGGCUGUGGGAACACGAGGCCUAAUUUUCAGUGAAAGAGAAAAAGUGGGAACAUAGGAAUGACCCCUGUGCGCUUGUUAGCAUGCUAAUCUUAGCAUUGAACUGCAAGCGAUGAUGUAGAUGCUUUGAGGUAAGACGUAUUUCUGAAUAUUGAAAAAAAAAAAGAUGAAAUUACAAAAACAAUAGUGCAGUAAUACAACCAACAAGUUUUUGCGCACAAGUUCAAAGAUUUCCCUAUGCCAGUGGCUACAUAAAAGCUAAAAGCCAUGGCCAAACUCUUUGCAGCCUUUGACGCCAUUUUUCAUUGUGAUGAUGUAAGUAUGCAUCGUAAAUUCAGCUGCAAAUCAAUAGAAGUAUAAAGAAAUGUCUCCAAAGGAAUACAGUCUGUUCUCCUGGUUCAGAAAUGUACUUAGCCUUGAUGCUGUUACAUAUCUGUGGGCUAUUUUUCUUUUUACCAAGUGUUGAGGGACAGACAUUUUAUUUGAUUUCUGGGACGAGAGACUUACAACAGUGUUAUUGUGUGGAUUACAAAGAGCCACAAUGAGGUGAUAUAAAAUUUCAAAAAGAACAACUUCAGACGACCACGAAGAAUACGCCAUUGAUUUGCAGCACUGUUUUGUUUAAUCAUUGAAGCUCAGUUUUUCCUUUCUUUCUUUUCUCCCCUUUCUUUACAACCACCUGUGCCCUAUUUCUCCCUCUUUAUAUAUCCUAACAGAUGGAGAUGGUGGCCAGGGCAGUCAAGCCAGAGGCAGCAAAGGAUAUGGGAUUUCUAUAACACCAGGGGCCUGUUGAGGGGCACAGCGAACAACCAGCUGCCCCCUGUCUCUUAUCCUGUUUACUUCCUAUCUGGCCUAGCUAACUUCUUUAUAGGCUUGUUGUUUCUCCCUUUUUCUCCCUCAUUUCUUGUUGGUUUCCAUGCCUCUCCGCUCAGCUGUAAAUGCAGCCGUAGUCACUCUGAGCUCUUGUUAGACCAUCACAGCUCUUGACAGCAAUUACCUUACCCAGACAUCGCUGACAUAUAUGACUCGAUAUGUCUGGCUGCUUAAGUUGAAGUGCAAUCAAGUCUCCUCUUUCUCUUGUCAUCUUGCAAUAAUUUCUAUUUCCUUCAUAUUUCUAUCUAAUUAGGCCUUCUUCUUUGCCCUUUUGCCGCGCAAUCUGUGGGAAUCGGAGAGCCGGGGUAUAGAGAGAGCAUCUGUAUAGAAGCUCUUGUUACCUAGACAGAUGUUUAUGACGCCCUGUGUAAAUUCAACCUAGCACUCAAGAGAUUUUUCAUAGGAGGACGUCUGCAGAACCAAGCUGUUCGACCUGGCAUACUCACCCCAAGUUGCAACUCGUCACCUUGGAAACUUUGUCACAGCUCAACUUGGCGAGCCUUAAAUCACUCUCCGCUCUCAGGGUCUCGUGGCUGGUUGCUGUGGAUAUGGCUCUGUUCGAUCAGCCUCUCUCGCCCUUUGCUGCUGCAUCAUCUCACACUGUGGUCGAGAGCAGCCUUCUUUUCUCAGGGUAUGGAGGAGCUUUGCGGGGCUCCUUUGCUUUCUCCGUGGGGUCAGAGAGUCUGUGGUGGGGAUAUGGAGGGGGCUUGCGACCUCUGCGGCCUUGUGCGGUCGGUGGUUUAGUCUCUGAGGGUUUUUGGACAGGGCCUGCUGAGGAUGCUCGCCUCUCUCUGUCUGUGUUGGACUCUGUUUGAAUUUCUGAGUUGGUGGGUGGGCAGCUGGCAGAUGGAGCUUGGGCAGAUGGGUGGUCAAUUUGUGGGGUCUCCUGAGUCCUUGCUUUAUUUUCUAUGACAACAGAAGGGUGGCUGAUGGGGAGUGGGGGAGGCUUUGGAGACACAGGGGAGGGAGGGGAGAUCCUGAUGGAGGAUAGAGGCACAGGAGAGUGAGGUUGAGACACUGGGCUGCUGGGGUGAUGGAGGUUUACAGUCAGUGGGGAAAGACCGGGAGUUGGAGGCCGAACAGGAAGGUUUCUUUGGGGUGACACACUGGGGUCAUUUGAGGCAUGAUUUUGAAACUGAUGGGGGUUGGAUGACGUAGAAACAUGCCCACCUUGUCUGGGAGAUGACCCCAAACUGCAGGUUAAGCGAAGAGUCCGACUUGGACACAGCAGCAUCUUUGGUGGAGAUUGGCUCCUACUGUAAGAAUAAUCUCUCCUAAACUUGCCAGAUGAGUCUGACGUCCUUGGCAGCGGUUCUUGCUCUGAGGGCCUGUGAUUGGUGCUUCCUACCAUGACUUCACCGGAGCUGGACGCCGAAGCGGGGCUGCUGUCACUGGAAGGCCUGGCAGUGUCUCCUCCUUCAGUCCUCAGCUGUUCCUCCUCAUUCAGAUCGAUGGAUGAUGUGAGGUAGUCAAUCUGAUGCACCACCUGGGCGAUACACACAGAGAUAAACACAUUCUGAUCAUGAGAUUUUACACCAGUAUUAGUUUUGAGAUUUGGAUAAUGUCAUGACUGUAUAUAGAAUGGACAGCGUCUGCCUUCUGGCUGGGUGAAGCCACCCUGAGAACAGCACCCUCUGGUGACGGGCUGCAGUAUGGGUCAUAAAUCCCACCUCUUCCAGUAAUCCCUAUGGAGCCGUUGGCAAACUUUAGAAAUGUAUUACACAGAAUAUACGUUUUUCUCCCUCCUGCUUGUGAUGUUGACAUGUAGUUACAGUAAGACUGGUUUGUGCUCAAGUCCUCUUUUUUUCUGUACAGCUCCAUUUUUAAAAGUUAUUAGGGGGUUCAUGUUUUCUAUGAUUGACACUUGAUACAGCCUAUGGGUGUACAAUGAUUUCGUAGCUCACCUGGGGGAUACGCUGUUUGAGCCGAGCGUCAUCACAGCGACUCUUGGCGGCUCUCUUGCCAAAUGUGCACAACGCUACUGCGCAAGCGGUAUGCAAGUGGAUUGCAUACAACGCUUUUGCGCAAUGUUGGUUUCAGGAAGUGCAGAAAAAAACGCAGAAUUACAGAGAGCUUUUAGGCUUCAAAUCUGUAUACUGGCGGAAGGCAGAACCAAGUUGUCCAUAGUAUAAACAGUCUAAGGAUAAUGUCUUCUGUUGCUCUUUAGUGGAGCUUUGAGGUGUAAGACACUGAUGCUAUGAUGAUGUCGCCUGGGUCACCACAGCUUGGCAUCAGAGACUUGAAGUGUCGAACAAAAAGUCCAAACUGGAGGUCAGAAGUUACAGAGAUGUGGAUGUUCAACAAGCCAAGAAUGUCUUACUCUUAUAGGACCACUUGCAUCAUAGAAAAUGUAGGAUAAUGUUUUUUCUGAGAGUGUAAGACUGAACUGACUGUCUAGAUAUUUCCACCCCUGCUUCUCCAAGUUUGAGAUUCAUAAAAAUUAAUCUUUCAUGAGUCUCCACGAAUUAUGGGAGCAGAACAGUACUUCAAUACUGGAGUGCCUUUAAUGACUAUGGAGUCUAGUACUUGGAGGCCCAAGGUGUGACAUCUGCAAAUGUUUGUCUGCUUUUCUAAUGGCACUCUGAAACAAAAGAGAUUCAAUCUGAAAUUAUUCACAAAGAAAGAAAAAAUUGCAGCAAAUUCUCUCGAAUGAGGGCCUUGAUUGAGAGAGAAUCAUGAAUUAAAUGCUCAUUACUGAGUACUGAAAGCCCUUCAACACUUGAAGCUGUUUUUGCACUCAUUUGAGUUCCAGGCAUGAGUGCUGAGGUGAAGGCAAAAGGGAAAAAACAGGAAUCCACUAUGCUAGAUUUGGACGCUGCGUUUUCCCUCGGUCAUCAGAUUAAAACCCUUAUGUCACCGGGACAGUCCAACAUUAAUCCCAAGACCCCUUUUUCCAAUUUCAUUAAUCUUAAACAAAAUGCUUGAAAACAUGCAAAACCAAUCCAACUCCUUCUACCUCUAUAACAAGGAUGAUGUGAAAUGCCAGAGUGAUUUUCACGUGAUGUACUUGUAUUACUGCAUGUGUAAUCCAGAGUUUUACGAACGUGAACUCUUGUAGGAGUCCUUUUUACAAGAUAUAUGACGAUAAUAUGUAAGUGUGUCACACAAGCUGCAGCAGAGUGCAAAAUGUACCCCAGCCUAGAUAAUAUGGCAUUACAGUUCCAAGAAAUGCGUUGGGUAUAUUUAGAUUUAUCCGCUGCUACUGUAAUAAGUCUUUGUGUGCAGUGCAAAUUACUCUGUACAAUAGAUCACACACAAGUAUAAUCAUCUAUAGGUGCAUAUGUUUGAGUGAGUGCAUUGCAAGAGCAUGUAAAAGAGGAGAUAAACACAUCAGUGUUGAACACAAAGAUGUUUUAAAAUUUGUGGAUAUGCACGCUCGCACUAAUGCACACACCAAAACACACAUGCACCCAUUGAUGGAGGCAGGAGAGAUUGGAGAAAAUUACACUGGGGAAAAUGUUUGACCUAUCUCUCCACCUGCUCUGUGUGCACUGAUAAAUCCUCUGCCCUGCUGGAACAGAUGAAUUAUUGUUUUGUUCUGUGUGUUCAACAACAUCCUUGCUGAUGUCAAAAGAUGACCUGGUUUGUCUGUUAUUUUUUUUGUUUUUUAAUAUUGUAGCCCUGGGUGAGGAGGGGGGAGGCUUUUCAUAUUACUUUGAAGUGCAGCAUGUACUCACAUCUUGUGACUCUUUCAGGUGCUGCUUGUUAAUGUCAGAAAUCAGGGGGAGAAAAGAAAGAGCAGAAGACCCUGAAUUUCAUCUGCUGCUCUCUGGGGUAUUUAUUAAAAACAAUGUGUUUUGACCCCUCAGGUCCUUGCAUUGCGUGAUGACUGCUGGGACAUGUUUGUUGUGGAGAUAAGUCGGUCGAGUUAACCCCUCUAGUUUAACUCUACUGUUGUGUAGCUCGGUGUUGAGUCAUAGAGGAUCUGUCAGAAUCAGAUUCAUUCGUCAGAUGUGUGAGGGUGGUCUUUAGUGUUGCUUAAAUAUUUGUUUGGUCUCUGUCUGAAAUGCUUUACAGGCUCUUUCCAAUUCCUUUUUAUAGCAGUGAUUGAUUAUUAAAUAAAAACCGAGGGUUGCUGCUCAUGCAACAGAAUGAUAAAACAGGGCUUUGAAAUAAAUAUGCGACCAAAGUCUUCUCGGGUGCCUUAUCCUGCUUUGAUCUGUCGUCUCUGUUGUGAAAAUUUGCGAUUUUCUAUCACAGUGUCUGCGAGCCCUCCCUUUCUUUUUGUGAAGCUGAUAUGCACUUUCAUCAAUUUUGUAUCAACACUGUCAUAGAAAAACCUCGCAGCCAGGAUGAUGAGGUUACUAACUCGGGCUUAGCUGCGACCUCAUAGAUGCGGAUCACAUUGCGAGAGGCGAGGUUUUAUGUGUCACUUGUACUGGACGAGGCAGAAAUGCAUGGACAUAAAUGGAUUAUAAAGAAAGCGCAGGACGCUACCCAGCUGUGCCUGGAGCGACAUCUGUCCAUACUGAGGGAGAGUGGAGGAGGCGGAGAUGAGAGGAGACAGAGAGAGAGGGAUAUAGAUGCAAAGAGGGAAGGCUAUUGCUUUGCCUGAAGUCACACGGCGUCAUAUCAGCAUCCUCAGAAUGCAUCAUGCAAAUGGGGCAUAGCAAUUGUCUCAAUCACCUCUAUGUAAAUGUUUGAGCGUGGUGGUGUAAAUAUUUGGAGACAGAUGACAGAGGAGGGUUAAAGAAACAGUUUGCAGACUGUGGCAGAUUCUUGCAGACCUUGCUGCUGACUUUUUAAUGCAUGUUAAUGCAUCGUGCUGAGGCUGUGCAGUGUUAUCUACAAGCCCUAAAGGUUUAAAAGAGUUAGCAUGAACAUUUCCUGCAAAAGGAGGCAAGAAGGUGUAAAUUAAUGAGAGAGGAUUUAUUACUGCUCUACUUUUGUUGUGGACUAAUUUAUGGAUGUUCUUCUGUCAGUGCAGGGGAGAAAAUGCAGGCAGGACGAUUGAAUUAGCAACACUUUUCUUAAAAUCUCUUAUACGUUACCUCUCUCAUUUCCUCUUGAACAUCUCUCAGAGCUGUCAGAACCUGCUCCAGAUUGUCCACCACUCUUUUGAUCUGGUUGCGAACCACUUUCCUGCUGCAGCCCGCCUCCUUCCUGUGUGACUCCCUGUCGUUUUUCGGCCUGUACUGGACCCACGUCUGAUUCUGUCCCAGGAUCGAGAUACGCUCCAAACCUUGUCUGGGUUUCCUGGGUCGUCGUAGAGUGGCAGUGCAGCCCGGGCCUCUCUGAGGGACCUCGGUAGAGAAGAUGACUCCGUUGAGUGGCCUAUUGAAACUCUCCACAGGUGGCUCCCUCAGGUCUCUCUGGCUCUGCGAGGUCCUGCUUUGCUGUUUGAUGUAGCUGAAGCUGGAGGUGAAACCGUGCUGCCUCUCGAUGAGCCCUCGACUGUCUGAGCUCACCCAGCUGGAGGAAUGCAGAUCUCUGUGGCGGUAGGUGGUGUUGCUGCUGUAGUCCCACACCUUCUUGCUCCUAUCCUCCAGGCCCAUCACCACAGGUACGUCACAGUUUGUCUCCUCAGAGGCAGGAAGAGGAGGAGGUGCCACUAGAGGCCCGUAUUUCCUGACUUGGGUGCCUGUGCCGUCCUUCUUUGACUGAGGAAGGCUCGGGUGCCCGCUCUGGUUCUUCGUGGAGCUUUUGCUUAGACUCUGCGGUGCAUCCUCUGGACUUUUCUGGGUGCCUGAAUCUGGUUGCAGCUCCGGAGACUGGUUCCAUCUGGCAGGGCUCUCCUCCCUCUGCUUCCCCAGACUCCCCUGAAGGAUGUUGUGCCCCCUCAGCACCACUGGUAGCAUCCUCGCCAUCCCCACGCCAUUGCACCGGAGCUCCCCUUUCUUGGCCCGAUCUUUCCCUUGGAUGGAGAAGAACCCGAUGCCUUUGGCUCUUUCCAGCGGGGUCAGGUUGUUGCGGGCCUCUGAGCCGGAUUUGAACUGUCCGUUGAGCCCCAGGUCGCCGCUGUGGUGAGGCUUCAGACUAUUCCGCAGCCAGGGGAUGAAGUGAGGGGCGUGCUGUUUAAAGCCUUUCUGCUCCCCUGGCGCCGGAGCCCUGCUGUCAGAGAACAUGGUGAUGGAUGAUGUCCAGCAGCCUCAAAGACAGGAGAAGAAGAAGAAGAACAGGAGGACUCCUGGGACACAACACUUCUUUUUCUUUUUCCAUGAAUCUCCUCCUCCCUUUUCCAUGACACUAUACGACUAUCUCCAGUCUUUUGUUGCCUUCUCUCUCCUGCUCCAAAACUUUUAUCCGCUGUUUCUCCUCCUCAUCACAGAACACACCCACCGAUCUACUCCCCUUUCCCCGCUGAAGCCUCCCUCUAAAAUAAUCCCCUUUUCUGAUAUCCCUCCGUUUCUUCUUCUCUUCCUACUAUCCUCUCGGUGAUGGUGCUCUUGAGCCCCUCACCCCCUCAUUGGGCCGGCCACGGAGGUGCCUUGGAGGGCCUCUCUCUCUUCCUCUCUCUCCCUCUCUGUCUUCUCUCUCCGCCUGCCUGCGUCUCACUGGCUCAGUAGCAGUAGAGGCUUCCUGUCUCUACAUCUCUCUCUCUCUCUCUCUGACUCUCUCUCUCUUCCUGUAUCUCUACCCCCCCACACUGCGCUGCGCUGCCUCCUCUCCUCGCUCUUUCUUCCUCCCACUCCCUCUCACUGCUCUAACUCCCUUUCUCUAUUACCCUCUUCUUUCCCCAUCUCUGUCUCCUCUCCCUUUUACUCUCAUCUUAUCGUCCUCCGGCUUUGCAACUCUGUCCUUUACUCUCUUUUUCCUCCUCCUCCUUUCUGUCACUGUCUUUCUCCCCCACCUCCAAUUUGCCGGUCAGAGCAGCUGAACUAUAGCUAUUAAUCCCCCCGUUAGCCAAUGUAUACCCACGUGAUUCCCCCUUGCCUCCUUUCUCAUCUGAUUACUCCUUUCCCGGCUCAGCCCCUCACAAUUAAAUGCUGCUUAGGAGACCAGAGGGGGUUUAGAGUAGUAGAGAAGGAUGGCAGCAGGAAGGGAUGGAAGAGAAAUGGUAGGGGGGCACAUAAUUGCAACCCACAAGAUCAGAGAUCAGACCCAGUUUGACAGAAACUAUAAGCUGGCUGCCUAUAAACAACAGCCUGCCUGUGGCACGGCUGUCCCCAGAUUAUUCUGACUGUCAGCAAAUAGUGUCCCGUUACAUCCCAGUUGUUUUCCUUGUUUUAUUUAUUGCCGCAUAUCCAACUUCCAUUUGUUCCAAUUACGCAGAGACAGCUGCUAUUUUUGAGAUUCUCAUUCACAUUCCAAUUCUGGGUUGUCGGGAUUAGAUUUCUUGUGUCUGACAAGCCCAAAAAAUGCCUCCUAGGUGCCUUUUUUUCCCUCAACUGCGGCUGCCUGAAUGGGACCCUCCCUCUCUGGCAGCAUGUGAAAUGAAAAGACAGAAACACAGGCACACAAAAAGCCACUGACAGUUUGCUGUCACUCAGCAGUGAGCCACUCAAAGCAUCUGUCAUUCUGUUAGUCAGCAUGCCAAUGUAUUCCUCUGGUAGUGCCCAGUGAAAACACGACUCCAUUCACUGACAUGUUUUACAUUACAGGUAGAAAGAGGAGGGGGGUAAAGAGGAAACAGACUGAAGCUCUGUGUAAUCUGUGGACUAAGAAGAUUCCUGCCUACAUGUUGACAGACUGCUGUCAGCGAGUAAUGACUGUUAGUCUGGAUGAAAAAAAAAAAAAAAAAAACUAUAAAGAGUGGAAGUAAUGGAGCAACCACUAUUAAUCCUCUAGAGGAUUGUUCCUCACGGCAUGCGAGUGCUCAGCGCUAAAGACUGUCCCUGCAUUAAAGCGGGUUCACUUUGGCAUUUAGAGAUUUGAUAAACAUCCAUAUCUGCAUGCAUGAAUGUUCAAAGGUUCAGAGAUUUCCAACUGAAACUCAUUUUGCAUGUAAAUUUAACACUUUAGUUCAAGUUCAUUUGCAAACUACAGUGUCAUGCAAAAUCACUUAUUCCCUGACACGCCAGAAUAUGAUGAAGUAAAUAAUAAGAUCAGAACAUUAAGUGUAAAUACACACAAACACACGCACAUGAAUAAUCACAGUGAUGAUGAUGGGUCAAAAGCUAAACUCAACAUGUUUAUUCAGUGUUGGCACAAACCUGCAUCCACUCAAAAACACUGUUCGUGUUUUGUGAGUUUUAAAAACUCCACAAAUAUUUGUACACUGUGUAAUAUUUGGAUAAUUUUAAUCAAGCUUGUUUAAACGAGAAGACAUCCUGCAGUAAAGAAUAAGAGUUUAAAUUCAGUUCAAGUUAAACAACGCUAUUUAUCCCUGAAGGGCCAUUCAACUUGGCAGUCUACCAAUAAUAUUUGGUAAUAUUUAUAUGUAUAUGAGGGACUCAGUAUUAUAUGUGGAAUACAUGGAAUUAAUGACCAAAUCUUGUUGGAUAUAAAUCAGAAGAUCUUUAAUUUCAUUUAGAUUAAGUGCAAAUAAAGUCACUGUGAGGAGUUUUCUGGUUGUGACCAUGUUUGACGUAGUCAGAAGACAUAGUCAUUUCCUAUGUGCGCAAUCACUUCCUGUCAUGAUGUUGCCUUUGCAUUGGAAGCAAAUCAAUUGACCAAGAUCUUUUUGAAUCUAACUUUUCUCCAUCAGAGGCAACUUUUUGCAGGAUUUGGAGAAAUGAUUGAUUGAUUGAUUGAUUGAUUGAUUGAUUGAUUGAUUGAUUGAUUGAUUGAUUGAUUGAUUGAUUGAUUGAUUGAUUGAUUGAUUGAUUGAUUGAUUGAUUGUCCUGUAGGAAGAUUUGUUUUCACUGACAGUACAUGGACACAUCUCAGUCAACAACGGACACUACAUACACACCAGCAAUAAGUGACAUGCAUAACAACAAUGGCAACUCAUAUAAUGAGGAAGUGUAUAAUGAUUUGUGGUGGCAUAAAAUCAUUAACUACAACAUGGCAAGGACAAAACUAAACUCAGGGCCCAGUAUAGAUCAGUUAGUGGAACAGACACAACAUGUAAAGAGGCAACAGCCCCCGUUACACUGACUGUGGGAUUGAUUCCAGACCGCUGUCAUCCCUGACUCUCUCCCCAUGUUUCCUGUCUCUCUUUAGCUGUACAAUACAAUAAAGGUGAAAAGACAACAAAGGUAAUCUUUGAAAAAAACAACAAGAAAACUUUGUAAAGUGAUAAUGGCUGUUAGUGAUCUCACAAGAGGUGAACAGAUAUACCAGUUUAAUAUCACCCGUCAUAGCUUGAAACCAAAAGUCUCAACAAAUGUCUGGAGAAUGUAAAUAUGAGCACAACUCAUAUAUCCUCAGUAAUCAGUGAAGCAUUUAGAUGCAGGCAUAAUAAGCAGUAAAUCCUGCUCAAAGCUGUUUUACUUUUUGAAGGUGCAAAGUCCAAGUUGAAGAGUUUCUCCUUCUAAAACUUUGCAUCUACAGAAAACAUAUGUCUUUGUGCUAAUCCUGUCUCAGUAUAUGAGCCAUGAGUACCAAACAUUAUGCUAAGAGAAAAUGAUCUAAAGAGAAAAAAAACUUCUGCUUACUAAAUUGCAGAAUUACACAAACAGAUUUUUAACCAUCUAAACAUACCUUUGAAAGUCCGGCACUGAAAUUUUAAUCAUUUAUCAUGUAUUAAAAAACUUGUUGCUGAUUGUCACAUUCUACUGUAUUAGAAGGUAUUAGUAUACAAGAGACACUAUUUAGCCAAGCUGUUAAAAUGAACCCCUCAUGCACAGACGGCUCUGUUUCCUGCUCUAUCCACUUUCCCAUCCUGUCAAAUUAAAGCCCCAAAAGCCCAAACGUUAAUUAAAAAAAAGUGACUCUAUUACAAAAUCAGCCGAAAACUCCCCACAGUGCCUUUUAAGUCAUAAAACAUUCAACAAAAACCAAAAUAGACAAACCACGAAUGUAAAAUUAAGAGGUUGUAGAUAUGUUUCUGAAAGGUUGCAUCAAAAGUGUGUCACCCUCAGCGCAGAUUCAGUGUCAGCAAUCCUCGAUAAUGAAGGGAUAAUUAACGCCCAGGCGAAUUCAUUUACAGGUCAAAAAAAAUGCUGCUAACCAUAUUUAAAAGAGGGAUAUUGAUGUCGAAGGUAAUCGCUGUUUUAUUAGGACGGGCACUUUCUGCUUAUGAGGC